GGGGGGGGGGGGCCGCGCAGCCUGUGCGGCCGCGGGCACGCCCUGUGCGCCGCCCUGCGCAUGGCCUUCGUGGCGCUCUACGUGCUGCUGCUCAGCGGGGAGACCUUCGACGCCUUCGUCUGCGACCAGGUGUCUGCCUGCAUUCCUGUACUUAGACUGGCCAGAACCCGAAAGAAGGUUUUGUUUUACUGUCACUUUCCCGAUCAGCUUCUGACCAAGAGAGAAUCCUGCCUGAAGCGCCUCUACAGGAUGCCGCUUGACUGGCUGGAAGAGUACACGACUGGCAUGGCAGACUGCAUCGUUGUGAACAGCAAGUUCACUGCCAGCGUGUUCAAAGACACAUUUAAGUCCCUGUCUCACAUCAACCCAGAUGUCCUCUACCCAUCGCUCAACAUCAGUAGCUUUGAAGAAAUUGUUCCUGCAGACGUAGCUGAUCUGAUACCUAAGAAGAAAAAGUUCUUGUUUCUUUCCAUUAAUAGGUAUGAGAGGAAAAAGAAUCUAGCGUUGGCUCUCGAAGCUUUGCACGAACUCCAAGGGAGACUUGAUUCUCAUGAGUGGGAUGAAGUUCACCUGGUUAUGGCAGGUGGUUAUGAUAAGCGAGUUCUGGAAAAUGUGGAGCACUAUGAAGAGCUGAGGAGACUGGCAGCCAAACUUGGUGUUAAUGACCAUGUAACUUUUCUGAGAUCAUUCUCAGAUGAACAGAAAAUCUCUCUUUUUAGUAACUCUGUAUGUGUGCUUUAUACACCAAGCAAUGAACAUUUUGGCAUUGUCCCAUUGGAGGCAAUGUAUAUGAGAUGUCCAGUUAUAGCAGCUAAUUCAGGUGGUCCUUUAGAAUCAAUCUCACAUAAUGUUACAGGAUUUUUGUGUCAUCCUCUGCCGACCCAAUUCGCUGAUGCCAUGGAAAAAAUUGUGAGAGAUCCUCUCUUAAAGGACACAAUGGGAGCAGCUGGGAGAGUGAGAGUUAUGGAAAAAUUCUCUUCAGAAGCUUUCUCAGAACAGCUGUACCAAUACAUACGCAGAUUAACAGAAUAAAAUUAUAUUCCUAUGUUAUAUUUUACAGC